CAUUCCAUGGUUGUAGGGUGAAGAGCAAUGGAAUGAAUAGCCAUGGACAAGCGAUUGCCACACAGAAUCCGCGAGAUUCGGCUUCAAUUUCAAAGUGCAGGAAAAACUUGCACAGCAGACAGCGUGAAAGAUGAGCUUUGCCGAACCUUCACGGAGUACAGCCGCUUGAAGCAACCAGCGUUGCGGCGCAUGGUGCUGCAGGAGCUCAGCACGCCCCUCCCCGAGGCGCCGGAAUCCACUGGGCCGGAGAUUGAGCCGAAGAAGAAGCGGCGCAAGGGUGAAAAGAAGCCCGAAUUGGCUUCCCCAGCUGAAAAGGAAAACAUGAACGAUUCCAUUCGACGAUUGUAUUCGCAGAGUACAGCGAAUGAUGCAAGUCUAGGAGCCAAAGCUGAACGAUUGGGGCAGGACCCACAGUCCGUGCGCAAAGCGCGGGAGAAAGCCUCUAUGGCCGCAGCUCGGCGCGAGCAAGGUUGGUCAGAUCCCAAGGCACAAAGCAGCUUUCAACCGGAAGACCGUCCAGAGGAAAGGCUCGAAGACUUGGGAGGAGUGGAUGAUAUCCUGCAGGAUCUACGUCAACUAGUUGUUCAGCCUUUGAGCCAUCCCGAGGUGUUUUCACACUUGGGCGUCCAGCCUCCCACCGGUGUUUUGCUGUUUGGCCCCCCGGGCUGCGGAAAGACCAAGAUCGCGCAUGCCAUCGCGGGCACCACCGGUGUGCCCUUCUUCAAGAUUGCUGCCACCGAAAUCGUCUCGGGCAUGUCGGGCGAAUCGGAAGCCAAGAUCCGGCAGCUGUUCCAAGCAGCCACCAGCGCAGCGCCGAGCCUCAUCUUUAUGGACGAGGUGGAUGCGAUUACGCCCAAGCGCGACUCGGCGGGCCGCGAAAUGGAGCGGCGCAUCGUGGCGCAGCUGCUGACAUCUUUGGAUGAAAUCCAGAAGAGCAACGUCAUUGUGCUGGCUGCCACCAAUCGUCCAGAUGCCCUGGAUCCCGCCCUACGAAGGGCCGGCCGCUUUGACCGCGAAAUUGCCAUGGGCAUCCCGGACGAAGCGGCGCGAGCCAAGAUCUUGGAAAAGAUGGUUCAAGGAAUGCGACUGGCUGAAAGCCUGGAUCUGAAGUUCUUAGCGAAGAAGACCGCUGGCUUCGUCGGUGCCGAUUUGUCCGCGCUCACCAAGGAAGCAGCACUGGGAGCGGUCGAACGGGCGUUCAAGGGUCUAGCAGCACUGGCCCGAGACAGCGAGGGCAGCGACAAGGCCUACACCGCGGAGGAGAUGUCGACCUUGGCCAUUGAGGCGCAGGACUUCACCGAAGCCUUGUCGAAGGUCCAGCCUUCUGCCCGGCGUGAAGGAUUCACAACGAUUCCGGAUGUGAAGUGGGAAGACGUUGGUGCACUACAGGAGGUGCAAAUGGACAUGGAUGCUGCCGUGUGCGAACCGAUCCGGAAGGCUGAGCUCUUUCGAGAGCUGGGCUUGACCGUGCCGGUGGGUGUGCUGCUCUUUGGACCUCCGGGCUGUGGAAAGACUCUUUUAGCCAAGGCGGCUGCGGAUUCGGAGGUCGGUGUGGAGGAGUUCGGAGGGGAGGUGGUUUUGCCGGUGAAGCUUUUUCUUUCACGGAGAACGCAGGGGUAUUCCUUUUUCACCACAUGGGCAAGCGCCCGUGACGUGGGACCGCCUGAAGGGUGUACCCGUGUGGACUACAAGCAUCCAAGAGUCGACACUCUUGUUCGGGUUCAUUCCACGAAGUACGUGAGCAGGGGCCUGCGUGGAGGACCCGCGUGCUCCCCAAAUGUGCUGGCGAAUUGGAAGAACAUGGAGGCAACCUGCCAUACCAUACCGACUUGUUCCUUGGCCGGAAAAUCCUCAGGCCCACCUGAGCCACCAGAGGAACCUUUCAUCAAGCAUGUGCGAUAUGGUCAAAGAAGAGGAGUGUAGAUGCUAUCGCAGAUCCCCACGGGGCGAAUUCAAGUUGAAUGAUUCGAUUCUUCAUUUUCAUUGAAGACUUGAGCCAUGUGACGUUCCGCGCGCAAGCAUGCUUUCGGUCUAACACAAAUACACACGUCCAUGUACAGUCACAGCGCAACGUGUACACGUCCGACAAGGACAAGGGGAAGGCGAAGAUCACAGCAGCUUCACGCGAC